AAUUAUAAAACAGUUUUUUCUGCAAAAGAUGACACUGCAACAUAUGCUUUAUAUCUCACUAGCAUAUCAAUUACAACUAUCCUUCCUUCAUUUCACCGUUAUUUAUACUAUGGAUGACCUGAAAUAUUCCUUUUUUCUUCCCUUGUUGUGCUUCCUUUUGCUCAUUUUCAUUGUACGGAGAAAUCUGAAGUUGUCCAAUGCAAGCAGCAGCGGUACCUUACCUUACAAGUUACCUCCGGGGCCAAUAAAGCUACCAAUAAUCGGUAACAUGCUCCACCUCGUCGGCUCUCUCCCGCAUCAUCGUCUUAGAGAUUUAGCCGACAGAUACGGCCCUAUAAUGCACCUUCAGCUAGGCGAAAUUUCAACUAUAGUCAUUUCUUCGCCCGAAACUGCUAAACAAGUGCUGAAAAUCCACGAUCUGAGCUUCGCCCAAAGACCCUUUCUACUUGCUGCAGGUAUUGUCAUGUAUAAUUUUAAAGAUAUUGCUUUUGCACCUUACGGUGAUAACUGGAGGCAGAUGCGAAAGAUUUGUAAUCUCGAGUUAUUGAGCACAAAACGCGUUCAAUCGUUCAGAUCAAUUAGGGAAGAAGAGGUUUUAUUUCUUGUAAACUCAAUUUCUACUAGUACAGAGUCACCAGUUAAUCUGAGCAAGAUGUUAUUUGCUUUGUCGAAUAUUAUAACUUUAAGGGCAGCAUUUGGGAAGAUUAUAAAGCAGAAAGAUGAGUUCUUGCCACUUAUUCAGAAAACUAUUCAGAUGUUUGAAGGUUUUAGUGUUGCGGAUAUUUUCCCUUCAGUUAAGUUUCUCCAUGGAAUUACAGGGAUGAAGCCUAAAUUAGAGAGGCUGCAUCAAGAAGCUGAUAUGAUUCUUGAAAAUAUUAUUAAAAAACAUAGAGAAAACAAGGCUUUGGGAAGUUAUCCGAAAGCGGGAGAAGCAAAUACUCUUGUCGAUGUGCUUUUGAAUCUUCAAGAUCAUGGCAACCUUGAAUUUUCCUUAACAACUGACUGCAUCAAAGCGAUCAUGCUUGACAUGUUUCUUGCCGGAACCAAUCCAUCAGCUACAACAAUAGAAUGGUCAAUGUCAGAAAUGAUCAAAAAUACAAGAGUGAUGCAAAAAGCACAAGAAGAGGUUAGGAAUCUCUUUAAUAAAAAACAACAAGUUAUAGACGAAACAAGUCUCCAAGAAUUGAAGUACUUAAAACUUGUUAUCAAAGAAACAUUAAGGUUACAUCCUCCUGCUCCGUUACUUCUUCCGAGAGAAUGUAGAGAGAGAGUAGAAAUUACUGGAUACGAAAUCCCGGUAAAUACUAGAAUUAUUGUGAAUGCAUGGGCAGUCGGAAGAAACCCUCGUUAUUGGAAAGAAGCUGAGAAAUUCAAUCCAGAGAGAUUUUUGGAUAAUUCAACUGAUUACCGAGGAAAAGAUUUUGAAUUUAUUCCUUUUGGUGGCGGAAGAAGGAUGUGUCAUGGUAUGUCAUAUGGUAUGGCCGUUGUUGAACUUGUACUUGCAAAUUUGUUGUACCAUUUUGAUUGGAAACUCUCCGGUGGAAUGGAACCUAAUGAUCUAGACAUGUCUGAAUGUUUUGGAGCUUCAGCUAGAAGAAAAAAUGAGCUCUACUUGAUUCCCAUUCCAUACUAAUCAUAUGCAGAGAUGCCAAGUUUUGUGUAUGAACUUUCGUUUUUAGUCGCUUAAAUGAAUAGGCAAGUUAAAUAAAAAAGAUUUUCUUUUGUUGUUUAUUUGUAAUAGUUUAAUAAUUAAAGAUAAUGCAUAUUUUUUUUUUGAAUAAAUGAUUAUUGAAUUAA